AUAUUUAUAUAUUUAUAGGGAGGUUAUUUAUGGAAAAUCAGUGUUAACACAAGAUUCUCACCCUUUACUAUAUAGUGCAAUUAGAUCCAAUCACCUACAUCACUGGCACUUGGCCAACUGGUUUACCAGAAAUGGAGAAGAAGCUAAGACUACAUGUCGUUCAAGCCUUAAAGCUACUAUUUUUGCUUUUCACUAUCCACUGUCUCUUCCUCUUCCCUGUCAUUCUCUCUGAAAUCUUCUUUGAAGAACGUUUUCAAGAUGGGUGGAAAGAUAGAUGGGUUUUAUCAGACUGGAAAAGAAGUGAAGGCAAAGCUGGUACUUUUAAGUACACAGCAGGGAAAUGGCCUGGCGAUCCAGAUGAUAAAGGUAUUCAAACAUAUAAUGAUGCAAAGCAUUUUGCUAUAUCUGCAAAGAUAUCACCUGAGUUUAGUAACAAGAAUAGAACUUUAGUAGUUCAGUAUUCUAUUAAGUUUGAGCAAGAUAUUGAGUGUGGUGGUGGGUAUAUUAAGCUGUUUUCUGGUUAUGUUAAUCAGAAGAAAUUUGGUGGUGAUACUCCUUAUAGUUUUAUGUUUGGACCUGAUAUAUGUGGGACUCAAACAAAGAAGCUUCAUGUUAUCAUGUCUUACCAAGGACAGAAUUAUCCAAUCAAGAAGGAUUUGCAAUGUGAAACUGAUAAGUUGACUCAUUUCUAUACAUUUAUUCUUAGACCUGAUGCAUCUUACAGUGUGUUGGUUGAUAAUAGAGAGAGGGAAUCAGGAACCAUGUAUACAGAUUGGGAUAUACUUCCUCCGCCGAAAAUCAAAGAUACCAAAGCAAAGAGGCCGGCGGACUGGGAUGAUAGGGAAUAUAUUGAGGAUCCUAAUGAUGUCAAACCAGAGGGAUAUGAUUCUAUCCCCCGGGAGAUUCCUGAUCCUAAGGCUAAAGAGCCUGAUAAUUGGGAUGAAGAGGAGGAUGGAAUAUGGAGGCCACCCAAGAUACCAAAUCCAGCUUACAAAGGACCAUGGAAAAGAAAGAAAAUCAAGAACCCCAACUAUAAAGGAAAAUGGAAGACUCCAUGGAUCGAUAACCCAGAGUUUGAAGAUGAUCCUGACCUUUAUGUGCUAAAGCCCAUAAAGUAUGUGGGUAUUGAAGUUUGGCAGGUGAAGGCUGGUUCAAUUUUUGACAAUAUAUUGAUCUGUGAUGACCCACAAUAUGCGAGAGAAAUUGUGAAAGAUGUAUUCCAGAAUAGAGAGAUCGAAAAAGAUGCCUUUGAGGAAGCAGAGAAAGUGAGAAGAGCUCGAGAAGAAGAGGAAGCUCAGAGAGCUAGAGAGGAAGGUGAAAAGAGGAGGAAAGAAAGGGGCUACAGGAAGCCUCGUAGAAGGCACGAUCCUCGGGAUUACUUGGAUGAUUACCAUGAUGAACUAUAAGCUUUCCAUGGCUGGUUCCAUCUGUGUCUUGCAACUGAAAGAGAUACCAAGUUUCAGAUUUCUGAAGGCAGCAUUGCCUGUCUAAAGCAUGUCAUGCUGUUGCACCUCCUGUUGUAUUGCUGUUGUUGUAACAUUAGAGACUCACCAGCAACAAAUACCUUGCCCAAGUUGACAUGGCAAUUCAGCCAGUAAGGUUUAAGUGGGCUCUCGUUAUUUGAGUUGACAGUAAAUUAAUGGACAAUUUUGAGGCUAAUCAUUGAAAAUUCUUAUGGUUUGGAUGGAUUAA